AUGUCUUACUCAUCUGAAGAGGAAACUGAUCUAAGUGAACCAGAGUUGGAGGAAUAUGCUGAUAGAUGUUAUAAGGAGUUGAAAAAUGGCAAGGAAAAGGUGAAAGUUUUAGAUGAAUUAUUCAGGUGCCCGUACUGCCCCAGCAAGAAGAAGCAGGAUUACAGCUACAAGGAUCUUCUGCAACAUGCAUCUGGGGUUGGAAAGGGUCUGCAUAGCAGGGAUUUAAGAAAGAAAGGGAUGCAUUUAGGAUUAGUGAGGUACAUGGAAGAGGGUCUUGGUCAGCAGGGGUUAUCAGCACAAUCAAUGAUGGAGACUACUGAGCCUCCUCAAGAUAGGGAUGUAAAUGAGUUAUUUGUUUGGCCGUGGAUGGGAAUUGUGGCAAAUGUUCCUCAUUAUUGGAAGGAUGGGCGAUAUGUCAGCGAGAGUGGUUCAAGGCUUAGGGAAGAUUUGACUGGAAGGGGGUUUAACCCAGUGAGAGUUCAUCCACUGUGGAACCACAGGGGUUUUUCAGGGUAUGCAAUAGUUGAAUUUAACAGAGAUUGGCCUGGAUUCAACAAAGCAAUGCUGUUUGAAAAAAGUUAUGAAGCAAAUCGUAGGGGAAAGAGGGAUUAUUAUGCAGCAAAGCACACAAGAGAUGGUUUAUAUGGAUGGGUUGCCCGCGAGGAUGACUUUAAUACAAAUGGAAUAAUUGGUGAGCAUCUUCGAAAAACAGGAGACAUGAAAAGUAUUUCUGAAAUUGAAGCAGAAGAGAAGCGUAAAACUACCAAACUUGUGUCAAAUCUGACAAAUGUAAUAGAUGUAAAAAAUCAGCGGCUCAAGGAGAUUGAGUGCAAGUAUAAUGAAACAUUCAUUUCCCUUAACAAUUUGAUGACUGAAAAAGACAAAAUGCACCAAGCUUAUAAUGAAGAGAUUCGCAAGAUGCAGAAGAGUGCUCGUGAGCAGCUUGAGAAGACUUUCAAGGAGCAUGAGAAAAUCACAUUCCACUUGGAAGGCCAAAAGAGAGAACUUGAGGAGCAUGAAAAAGAACUAGGGAAACGAGAGGCCUACAAUGAAAAUGAGAGAAGGAAGCUCUAUUUAGAGAAGCAAAUGAAUGAGAAAGCUACCUUGGAGCAAAAGAAGGCAAAUGAAAAAGUUCUAAGGUUGGCAGAAGAUCAAAAGAGCGAAAAAGAGAAACUGCACAAGAGAAUUCUUGAACUAGAAAAGAAACUUGAUGCCAAGCAAGCAUUGGAGUUGGAGAUAGAGCGUAUGAGAGGAGCUCUGCUAGUUAUGAAACACAUGGGAGAGGAUGGGGAUAUGGAAAUCGAGGACAAGAUGCAUAAUAUUCAAAAGAACCUUAAAGAGAAGGAAGAGGAACUUGAAGAUCUGGAAGCCUUGAAUCAAGCCCUUGUUGUCAAGGAACGCAAAAGCAAUGAUGAAUUGCAAGAAGCUCGUAAGGAGUUAAUUGAUGCCUUGAAGGAGCAGCAGUCUUCUCGGGCUUUGAUUGGUGUCAAGAGAAUCGGAGAACUCGAUAACAAGCCAUUCCACGACUUUGCCAAGAGAAAAUUUUCCAAAAAAGAAGCAGAUGAGAAAGCUGUGGAAUUGUGUUCACAAUGGGAGGAUUAUCUUAGGGAUCCUAGCUGGCACCCUUUUAAGGUUGUCAUGAUUGAAGGUGGUAAGGAUCAUAAGAGAAUUGCUUCAUAUCCCUGUCGAAAGUGCUCAAGGCUUUUCUAUUCCUCUUCGAUCAAUUUCAUCUUUAUUAAUAUAUGGUUGACCUCAUUGUACCAUUUGACUGUGUGUGCUAAGGAAAUCAUUGACGAAGAGGAUGAAAAACUGAAAGAACUGAAGAAUGAUUUUGGCGAUGAAGUUUACAUGGCUGUGAUUGCUGCAUUGGUGGAGAUGAAUGAGUACAACCCCAGUGGUCGGUACAUCAUACCAGAGCUCUGGAAUUAUCAAUACGAAAGAAAAGCAAAACUGAAAGAGGUGGUAUCAUACAUACUCAAGCAGUGGACGGUGCACAAAAGGAGGAAAAACUAG